CCUUGGCAGCCUGGCCUGGUCCAGGGACCUUUGGAGCCCUGUGUGCGUGCUGUAUGACUUAUUGCUUUUGUCUCGGAGGCUUGCUGCAGGCUGAGGGGAUUUCGGACCGGGUUUCUGUGGUUUAGGUCUGCAUAGUGACAUCCGUUUCGACACCCGGAUGCCAGGGAUCGAAUGUGGAGAAGAUGAAGGGAUACGUACAUGUCGAGUUCUCGCUGACAAGACGGCGGCGGGAGGAUGGAGGGGCGCUUACUCCUGCUUUGCGCUACGUCGUGGCGAGCACAUGGCCUCGCAGCUGUACAUACUCCGUCAUGAUGGAACAUAUUCCGCAGCGACGAAAGUGGAGGCAAUAGGAGAAAGGAAGGGCCUGACGACAUGGGUGAGCCUGGACAUCAAAGCCUUGUACGCCGCUGUGGGGCUUCCGGACGGAGGAGCCAAAAGCCAGAGUGGACUGAGUGAGACGAGGAUAUCUUCAGGGCGCGAACAGGCGCGCCCGGCCGUUGGUUCGUUCAGGUGUCUGGAUCCCAAAACCCCUGCCGUCGUCCCAAAAGGAUCGUCCUUGAGACAGUUUCGCUCGCCCGUCGACUAUUGGCACCAGCCAACGAGCCCAACCUAAGCAGGAAAAGGCAACAAGCCAGGGCAUCCUCUGGGGACGGCGGCGCUUCGUGGUUCGAGCUGCAAAGGAUCGCAAGCUUGUCUUCUGCGGCGCAUGUGCGUGGCUGUUUGUGGUGAAUGAGCUGCUAGAAACCCAACAACCAUGCUGAGCAAUCACAGACUGGACUUUGUUAGCCCGAUUGUCAAGGACCUUGCUUCUCAUCGGCCGGCCUCUCAUGUGUCCACAUCCAG